GCACCGCUGGCAGGCGGGGUAGCUGCUCACUGGCGCUCGGGAGCCAUGGUUGUGGGGUCGGCGAGGACCUGGGCUGUGCUCAGCCCGCUUCUUUGGGGCUGCGGGCUGGCGCUGCAGGGCGGGAUGCUGUACCCCCAGGAGAGCGAGUCGCGGGAGCGCAAGGAGCUCAACGGCCUCUGGAGCUUCCGCGCCGACCUCUCCGACAAUCGGCGCCAGGGCUUCGAGCAGCAGUGGUACAGCGCGCCGCUGCGCGAGUCCGGCCCUACCCUGGACAUGCCUGUUCCCUCCAGCUUCAAUGACGUGGGUCAGGAUCAGCAGCUACGCGGAUUUGUCGGCUGGGUGUGGUACGAACGGGAGGCGACCCUGCCCCAGCGAUGGACCCAGGACCUGGACACAAGAGUGGUGCUGAGAAUUGGCAGCGCCCACUACUAUGCCAUUGUGUGGGUGAAUGGGGUCCAUGUGGCAGAGCACGAGGGGGGCCAUCUUCCGUUCGAGGCUGACAUCAGCAAGCUGGUCCAGAGUGGGCCCCUGUCCUCCUGCCGCAUUACCAUCGCCAUCAACAACACACUGACCCCCCAUACCCUGCCACCAGGGAACAUCAUCUACAAGACGGAUACCUCCAAGUACCCUAAGGGUUACUUCGUCCAGAACACAAACUUUGACUUCUUCAACUACGCGGGACUGCAUCGGCCUGUGCUCCUCUACACGACGCCCACCACCUACAUUGAUGACAUCACCGUCACCACCAACGUGGACCAAGACACCGGGCUGGUGUAUUACCAGAUUUUCAUCCAGGGCAGUGACCACUUCCAGCUAGAAGUGUAUCUUCUAGAUGAGGAAGGCAAAGUCGUAGCCCAGGGGACUGGAGGACAGGGCCAGCUGCGGGUGCCCGGUGCCCACCUUUGGUGGCCAUACCUGAUGCAUGAACACCCUGCCUACCUGUACUCGUUGAAGGUGAAGCUGACUGCACAGACGGCAGCUGGGCCUGUGUCUGACUUCUACACUUUGCCCGUGGGGAUUCGCACUGUGGCUGUCACAAAGAACCAGUUCCUCAUUAACGGGAAACCUUUCUAUUUCCAUGGGGUCAACAAACAUGAGGAUGCCGACAUCCGAGGGAAGGGCUUUGACUGGCCACUGCUGGUGAAGGACUUCAACCUGCUUCUGUGGCUUGGUGCCAAUGCCUUCCGUACCAGCCACUACCCCUACGCGGAGGAGGUGAUGCAGCUCUGUGACCAGUAUGGGAUUGUGGUCAUCGAUGAGAGCCCUGGUGUGGGCAUCAAGCUGAUCGAGAGCUACAGCAAUGUAUCUCUGCAGCACCAUCUGGAGGUGAUGGAGGAGCUGGUACAGAGGGACAAGAAUCACCCAGCUGUUGUCAUGUGGUCUGUAGCCAAUGAACCCAGUUCCUUCCUGCAACCUGCAGGUUACUACUUCAAGAUGCUGAUCGCCCACACAAAAGCCUUGGACCCCACCCGGCCUGUGACCUUUGUGUCCAACUCCGACUUUGACGCAGACCUGGGGGCGCCAUACGUGGACGUCAUCUGUGUCAAUAGUUACUUCUCCUGGUAUCACGACUACGGGCACCUGGAGGUGAUUCCGCUGCAGCUGGCCACCCACCUUGAGGACUGGUACAGGACCUAUCAGAAGCCAAUUAUUCAGAGCGAGUAUGGAGCAGACUCCAUUGCAGCAUUUCACCACGACCCGCCGCUGAUGUUCAGUGAAGAGUACCAGAAAAGUCUGCUGGAACAGUAUCACUUGGUUCUGGAUCAAAAACGCAAAGAAUAUGUGGUUGGAGAGCUCAUCUGGAACUUUGCUGAUUUUAUGACUGACCAGUCACCACUGAGAGUCUUAGGGAAUAAAAAGGGGAUCUUCACUCACCAGAGACAACCAAAAAGUACAGCAUUCCUUUUGCGAGAGAGGUACUGGAAACUCGCCAAUGAAACCAGGUACCAGCCCUCAGCUGCGAAGUCACUAUGUGGGAAACAGCCUGUUUACUAAAGCAAGACCUACCUCUUCACUGACACCAGCUGCCAGCCCAUCCUUCCCAAGUGCGGCCCGACUUCUACAGCAGAGAGUGCCUCCUGGACUGUGGGCGACAGACCAGAAAGUUUCCGCUCUGGAUUUUGUAGUAAUUUGCUAGAAGAGAAUAUUAGAGGUGAAAAUAAAGGCUUUUGCAGUAUGGGAAUUAAGAGCUGGCUCAAAAGUGACGACCCCCAAAUUGAAUGAUCUGUACUGCUGGAGAACAUCUGAAAUUACUUUUAUGUGUCAAGCUGUUUACAUAGCCUUAACCGUGUAUGGCUUCUGAGAAACUUUUGCCUCAGCACUCACACCACGCUCAGAGUGGCUGAGUACAGAUGGUGUAUGUCCACAGGAAUAGCCUUGCAGCCUAGGGCCACCCUCAGGAGCCAAACCAGGCCAGCCCUGACCGAGUGAGAGCGAGACUCAACAGGUGAGACAAAGGCCCAACAAAUUUACAGGAAGCGACGUGCUGGGAUGACGACCCAGGUCUGAGCACUGGUUUCCACAGUCAAGGGGUGAGCGGUGUCUGAACUGGGGAGGAGCCCAGAGGGUACCAGUUCUUCCAGGGCGUUGUUCCAUCCUCAGCCAGAGUCUCAUCUGCACAGAAGUGGAGGUGGGCCUAAAAGCCCUUUGACCUUGUUGUAACUGAUUCCACUGAUGGCGAGGAGACCUCUUUAAUUAGUCUGGGCCUGUGGACAAGUACAGCUGACCCUUGACCACCACAGGUUUGAACUGCACGAGUCCACUUUAUAUCGAUCGACCCGGCAGUUCCAACCCGUGUUGCCCAAGGGUCGGCUCCACACUCAGGAUCGCACACGCAGGGAGGGGCUGACUGCAGUUAGAUGAGGAUCUCCCACAGCGCGGGAGGUUGGCACCCCAAACCGAGUUGUUCACGGGUUGACUGUAUUCCCAGCUCCCAAAGGGUGGUCUUUCUUUACGGAAUCAUUUCUCCUCUUCACAGACUCCAUUGCAGCAAGUAAGGGACAUUAUUCCUAAAAUCUCAAUAUUUGCCUAUCCCAAUUUAAGGCUGAAUGCUUUGGAAAAAUACUAAUUGGUCCAAUCAAAUGGAUGACUGUGAACCCAUACAGUUCUUAAUGCAUACCUCGGUUCACUGCCCUUGUGUUGACUGCGUGUGGGAACACACGCCCCGUUAGCCUCCCCUUCCAGGUGCCAGGGCAGAGACAGUGAGGGCCAGUGGACCUCACUCUAGGGGCCAUCUUUAGACCUCUUUUCAGAAAUGGGAGUAGUCAAUUCAAAUCAUUAAGGAUUCUAGGGGUUACAUAUUUCUAUUUGCCACUAAAUUUCCUUACAUCAUUUUGUGUUUUGGUUCAGUGUCAAAUAAUAAUAUGUAAAAAAAACUCUUUACUUGGCAAACAUUAAAAAGUACACAUAGCAGAUACACUGUUUUACAAAUUAGGGGUAAGGCCCAUUUCCUGAUUUUUAUAAAUACCGUAGAAUGGAGUUUGUAGCUUUAUUGGACAUUGACUUUUUUCCUGUCAGCCAUACUACAUAUUUAAACUUCAAUAAAUGUUCAUCUAUAAAGCACAUUUCCUACCAUUGUUAUCAGAAUACCUACAAACAAGCACUGUCCUCACCUUCCACCCGCGGGCCUUGCGUUUGCUGCCCUGCUGCCGGACGGGCCCAUCAGGUCUCACCCUCUGGAUUUUUAAUUCAACCCAAGCAAUCAAUGUAACCAAGUGUCUCUGGAAUUAGAGAUUGUUUUUUUGCACAUGGGUCGUUUUCCACACAGUAAUACCCACUAUAAAAAAGCCUCUUCUCGUAUUCUAUGUUUUAACUUCCAGAGUUUGCCACUAAACAGUAGUACUUGGGAAUCACAGCUGAGGAGUAUGUCACUCUAUUACUACAAUGUUUUACAUUUUUAAAAAUGGAUUGACUUAAAAAAAUUUUUAAGUUAAUUCUGAUAAUAAAAUAGUUAAUAACCAAUUUGCUUGUUUUUUAAAAUAGAACAGUCUAUUCAAUUUAACAUGUAAAUACAAUCUCAGUGCUACUAGAGACCGAUUAGUCUUUUUAAAGACCCACAAACCUCAAGCUGAGAGGGAGUGUCCUGGUCUCACCUCUGAAGAAUGAUGGAGAGAUGGUCAGCUCUGUGAUCUUCCUUUCCCCAAAUAUUCGUACACACCCUGGUAAGAAUGAUGGCUCUGGGAAUUUCAGGGGUGACCUCCCCCGGGACUGCUCAGACGAGGACAAGAGGCUGAUUCACACGAAGCUGUAUUCUCUGAUACACGGUGCAAGAAAUAUCUACCCACUUACGGCAGGAGGGUCAGGAUCCCCAGCACAGUGCCUGGCUGGUAGAAAGUGUUUACUAGCAAGUGAAGCAUGGCUGCUUUGUGAGCCUGGUGUUGCGCCCUUUUGUAUCAAAGGAAUAAAAAAUAACAAACCUGGUA